GUGGAACAGGCGCUCAGACCAAACGUCGCUCCAGCGGAGUCAGGAGCUCCGCGGGCUCCUCAGUCACACACAGGCUCUUUUGUUGGACCUUCUUCUUCGUCUCUGUGAUGGAUCCUCCACCCACUCUCCUCUCUGGCGGGUAAACCGUGGACUUUACUUCUCGUAUGAUGGGAAUAUAUCGCCGGUGCGCUCGGCUCCGUGGAUGUACACAGCCUUGAUGGAAAGCAUGUCACCGCAGCAGGGGAGCAUGGGACAGAACCGGUCCGACUCUCUGACGGGUGACGGCAAGCCGCUGUCCGACAACAAGAAGAAGAUGAAGACCCUCGCCCAGAGGCGACAGUCGGCUCCCUCGCUGGUCAUCAGCAAAGCGCUUACGAGAUCGAGAAGCGCUUCCAGGGAAAGCUGCAUGAUGCCGGUCAACCCCGAGUCGUGUCCUCUUGUCCAGGCCUUCCUGGCCGAAUGCCUCGGCCGCCUGUUCCUGGGUCACGUCCAGGCGCAGCUUAAGACGGGCCUGCAGACCCAGGAGAGACACCUCUUCCUCUUCAACGACGCGCUGCUAGUUGCCAAGGCCAAGUCUCCUACUCAUUUCAAAGUAAAAGCCCAAGUCAGAGUGUGUGAGAUGUGGACGGCAAACUGCAUGGAUGAGGUGUGUGAGGGAAGCACAAACCCAGAGAGGAGCUUCGUCAUGGGAUGGCCCACCUGUAACUUUGUGGCAACUUUCAGCUCUGAAGAGAUCAAGGACAAGUGGGUGUCACUCAUCAUUGGUCGGUUAAACGAAGGAAAAGAGAAGGACGAUCCCAAAACCAUUCCUCUGAAGAUAUUUGCCAAAGAUAUUGGAAAUUGUGCAUAUGCCAAGACGCUCGCCGUCAACAACAAUGACAGAACCGACGAUGUCAUUCGAAUAGCCCUGCAGCAGUUUGGCAUAUCGGGUUGUGUGAAGGAUCACCGAUUGUGGGUCAGUUCCUGUAAAGAUGAUCCUCCAUAUCCUCUCAUUGGCCACGAGUUUCCCUUCAGCAUCAAGAUGAGCCACAUUCGGGACGGAGGGAGCAGCCCUGGCGGGCAUGGAGGAGGACCAGGGAGGGAGCCCAUGAGUCCGACCGACUGCCCCGAAGUUCUGCUGCUGGACCAGUGCCUUCCCCCAGACACCCAGUGCCAGUUCAUCCUCAAACCCAACAAAGUGGUCCUUGAGCCUCCACAGAUUAUAGAGCCUGGUCACCAGAAGACCUUCAAGAGGAAGCGAUCCCUGAUCAACUGGCCUUUCUGGAGGGGCUCCAGCACCCAGCUGGACGGCCUGCCUCUUUCCCCAUCGCUGCUGUCACCUAACCCGGGACGGCUGUUUGGACAGCCUCUGAACUCGGUGUGCUCUUCAGAUCACAGCUUGCCCAAGCCCGUCAUGGAAAUGUUAGUGUUCCUCUAUCAGGAAGGGCCGUACACCAAGGGUGUGUUCAGGCGGUCGGCUGGCGCUAAGGCCUGCAGGGAGCUUCGGGACAGGCUGGACAGCGGGACGGAGGAGCCGGAGAUCACACACCAGUCUGUGUUCGUCAUCGCCGCCGUCCUCAAGGACUUCCUGCGAAACAUCCCGGGCAGCAUACUGUGUGUGGAUCUGUACGAUCAGUGGAUGGAUGUGAUGGAAGGGGACGGAGGAGAGGAGCGGCUGCCGGGUGUUCAGAGGCUGCUGCAGCUGCUGCCCAGUGAGAAUCAGCUCCUGCUGCGUCACGUGAUCGCUGUGCUGCACCACAUACAAGGCAGCGCCCACGACAACCAGAUGAACGCCUUCAACCUGUCUGUCUGCAUCGCUCCCAGCAUGCUUUGGCCUCCGACCCCGAGCACUCCGGAGAUGGAGGGAGAGGCCACAAAAAAGGUGUGUGAGAUCGUGCGCUUCCUCAUAGAGAACUGCAGCAGCGUCUUGGGAGACGUGGCCUCGUUGUUCAAAGACGUCAGCCAGAAGAGCAGCAGCGACCACGGAUCUGAUGUUUCGUCCUUCCAAAUGAACGACUCAUCCUACGACAGUCUGGAGAACGAGCUGAACGAUGACCCCGAGUCUCCCUACCAGGAACAGCUGCUGCUGCGCGAAAAAGCCAAGCCGGACAGCCGCAGCCGGGACUCAGUCAUCACCCUAAGCGACGGCGACCCCGAGCCAGACCCCGACACCGAUCACCUACUGCAACUCCCCCCUCUGGCCAGGCCCAGGAGAUUCAGCCCCGCCGUACGGCAGCCUCGCAACGGCUCGUCGCACGCUCCCAGGAGACUCCGGAGAAGCUCAGAGCCGGCCUUGGCUUUAGCGAAUGUGCCGUCUUCCGGCAUGGUGGCGGUCAACGCGGACAACCACCACGUACCCUUAAGGAAGGCCAGCUAUGACGCAGCCAUGGAAGGGGAAGAGGAUGAGGUGUUCGUGGAGCAGGGUUUGAACAGACUGAAGCUAAAUGAGGAGGUAAAGGAUGGGUGUGUCCAGAGAGGAGCCAGCGGUGGGCGGAGGAAGACAAAGCACGUGCCUCCGCCUCCGCUGCGACUGGACGCCAGCUGUUCCAGCCUGUCUUCACCGGCGACUUCUCCAACAGGAUCCUCCCUCAGUUCUUUAGACUCUGCCUUUUCUCAGUACUCCACUGACUAUGUCACGAACGCUGCAGCUACUCAACGGUCGCCGAGAGACUCCCCGCCUCAGAGGGACGCCGUGCCCCAUUGGCAACCAUCCAUCCAUCCACCUCGUGGGAACCAGAUCUCCCAAUCCCACGGACUCCACCCGAACACCUGGCUCAAGAAGGACCGCUGCUUGUCUCUGAAACAACCCGACAACGGACCCUUGGAGGUGAACGGGAAUUCCUACUCAACCGGUGGUGGUUGUUCUGUCGCUGUUGACGACACGGCAGCGAUGGAGCCAAACGAAAACUGCCAACGGCGGUCCAGCAGCCCUCCGUCCUACCAGCAGGCUCUUAUCCAGCUUCAGCGUAACCGCUCCCCGUUUUACAGAGGCGCAGAGAAACCCCUGACCGUCAAAGAGCUGAGGCAGCUCCACGACCAGAGCUGCGCUUCCAAAUCCUCCGGCGCAAACCCAUCGGACAAUCCCACACCGGUCGCAGGAGCCAAGGUCUCGCAAAGACCGGUGCGGACUGAGAGAGUCCAACCUCCGCAGAGUGUUUUCUAUGGACAGACGGCCACCACUCUGGUCCUCCAGAGGCCAAAAUCCCACUCCCUCACCCUUGCUGCCGAAAGCCACAAAGGAAGGAAGACCUUUCCUCGCCGAGCAUCCGAGCCUGCUAAGGUCUCGGCCAAUUCGGAUGCCUCCAAGAGCCUCACCCUAGACAGACCUUUGGGCGGUAAAACUCAGCCGAUUGGCGGCAGACGGAGGGCGUCGCAUGUGGAGUCCGGCCACACCAGGCCGCAGCUCUGCCUGUCUCCUUCCGCCACCCAGGUGGUUAGGGACUACUUCUCCUCACAGGGUCAGGCAGACCCCGACUCCUGCCUGCGGAAGAGUCAGGAGGUUGCCGUGGCUAUAGCGCAGAAUAAGAAAGAGUGGCAGAGCAGGCGGUGCAGCGACCCACGAGUGGAGGACUUCGAACAGCUCUUCUUUGCAGAAGAGUCGUAUGUGUAACAUAAGAACUGUA